UCAAGACUCCACAAUGCAGGUCUCCUCUUCUGCACAGAGGACAUUUUCCUUUGUGAAUUUUUUUCCAGGCAAGAAGAACAAGCCUGAUGCCACAGUGUUAAAUGACUUGUGGAAGAUGUGGAGGGUCAGAGAGCCUGGUCAUCAGGGGUUUGCAUUUGGAGAAGUUGAAGAUGGAUGCUGAAUAAGGAAGAAGGGAUAUCCUGCAGAAAUGACCAAGGGGACACACAUGCACACAUACACACAAUCCUUUCCCAGAAGAAAAGUGUUCCUCUAAAACACUCAUCUUUGAGAAUGUACCUCAUAAGAUCAUGAAUUUGUGAGAAAGUUUCCUCUAAAUCUGCACUUAUUAAACAGACACCAGCUCACCAUGUUACAAGCAGCAUGAGUUCCAGCCAGAUUUCACUGCAAAUGAAACAUCAGAGACUUAACAUGCAGAAGAAAUCUUCAAAGUGUAGUGAAUGUGGAAAAUUAUUUACUCAGAGAUCUUCUCUUACCCAACAUCAGAAGAUUCACACAGAAGAGAAGCCCUAUGUAUGUAGCAAAUGUGGAUCUUUUUUCCGUAAACAGUCAAAUCUUACUCAACAUCUGAGGAUUCAUACAGGAGAGAAACCUUUCAAGUGUAAUGAAUGUGAGAAAGCCUUUCAAACAAAAGCAAUCCUUGUUCAGCAUCUGAGGAUUCAUACUGGGGAGAAACCUUAUAAAUGCAAUGAAUGUGGCAAAACCUUUUGUCAGAGCCCAUCUCUUAUUAAACACCUGCGAAUUCAUACCGGAGAGAGAUCCUAUAAAUGCAAUGAAUGUGGCAAAGCCUUUAGUCAGAGCAUAUGCCUUACUCGCCAUCAGAGAAGUCACUCUGGAGAUAAACCUUAUAAGUGUAACGAAUGUGUAAAAGCCUUCAAUCAGAGUGCAUGUCUUGUGCAGCAUCAGAGAAUUCAUUCAGGAGAGAAGCCCUACAAAUGUACUGAGUGUGGCAAAGCCUUCACUCAGAAUUCUUCUCUUGUUGAACAUGUGAGAACUCACACUGGAGAGAAACUUUAUAAGUGUAGUGAGUGUGAAAAAACAUUCCGCAAGCAAGCAUACCUAAGUGAACAUUACAGGAUUCAUACUGAAGAAAACCCUUAUGAAUGUGUUGAGUGUGGAAAAUCUUUUAGGCACAAUUCAGCACUUGUCCGACAUCAGAGGCUUCAUGCUGGGGAAUAAACCUCGGGAUGUAACCAAUGUGGAAAGACUAGUAUGAAAAUGCCAUUCCUCCUGCCAUGCUCACUAAGUUCUCAGAAGACUCAGUCUUCAGCUGGGAUGAACGUUAUGUUGAGCAACAGGCAAUGUGUCCUGAAAGUUAAGAAAAUAGACUCAGGAGGAGUCAAGAUGGCGGCAUGAGUAGAGCAGCAGAAAUCUCCUCCCAAAACCUUAUAUAUUUUUGACAAUAAAUACAACUAUCCCUAAAAGAGAGACCAGAAGAUACAGGACAAAAGGCAGGCUACAUCUACACCUGUGAGAAACCUGUGCCUCACGAGGGGGGUAAGAUACAAGCCACGGCCCAGUGGGACCCGAGCACUCCUCACCCCAGCUCACGGCAGGAGGAGAGCAAUCAGAGCGGGGAGGGAGAGGGAGCCCAGGACUGCUAAACACCCAGCCCUAGCCAUCUACACCAGGAGCACAGACACAAAGUGUGUGGAAUGCUGGAAACUAGGGAAACAGGACAGUAAAACCUGUGAGUGGGUCCCCACAGCUGACACCCCUGGGACAAAAGAAAAGCGAAUGCUUUUUGAAAGUCUUAAAGGGACAGGGACCCCACAGCUGGAUGGAAGUGCCCCAGGACACUCAGCACAGCAGCCGGGAAUCCUGGAGAACUCUGGGCACCCAAACCCCCUGGGCAGCAGUGCAGCUCGGAGGGCCCUCAUGGUGAUAAACAGCCUGUUCCCCCUCUGGCACAGCUCUGCUAUAGCAGAGCAGCAGCCUGUGGCUGGCCAUGCCCACAGCAGCUGAAGAGCUUAUUCCACAGAGGCCAGGCAAGAAUCAGACACCUCAUCUGCAUGCAGCUGCACAACACUAUCCACUAGGGGUCAUUGUUCUUCCAGGAGACGAAGGCAACAAACUAGCAAGAAGGGACAUUCUCCCAGCUGACAGAGAUGCCAGCUCCCCACAACUACCUCUAUCGCCAUGAAAAGGCAGAAGAAUUUGAUACAGACCAAGAUCACAGAGACAACCUCUGAGAAGGAGCUAGGAGAGUUAGACCUAACCAAACUUCCUGAAAAGGUCAGAACCAUGCUGAUGGAGUUGCAGAGAAAAAUACAAGAGCUAAUGGACAAGGUAGGGAGGGAGACUAAAGAAAUAAAACAAUCUCUGGAAGGAUUUAAAAGCAGAAUUGAUGAGAUGAAUGAGGCCAUUGAUGGAAUAGAAACCAGAGAACAGGAAGGCAUAAGACCUGACACAGAGAUAAAAGGAUCUCUAGGAAUAAAACAAUAUGAAGAGAACUGUGUUACCAAUCCAAAAGGAACAAUAACCACAUUAGAGGGGUACCAGAAGAAGAAGAGAGAGAAAAAGGGAUAGAAAGUGUAUUUGAAGAAAUAAUUGCUGAAAACUUCCCCAAACUGGGGGAGGAAAUAGUCGCUCAGACCACAGAAGUACACAGAACUCCCAACAGAAGGGACCCAAGAAGGACGACACUGUGACACAUAAUAAUUAAAAUGGCAAAUAUCAAAUAAGGACAGAGUUUUAAAGGCAGCCAGAGCGAGGAAAAAGGUCACCUACAAAGUAAAACCCAUUAGGCUAUCAUCAGAUUUCUCAACAGAAACCUUACAGGCCAGAAGAGAAUGGCAUGAUAUAUUUAAUGCAGUGAAACAGAAGGGCCUUGAACCAAGAAUACUGUGUCCAGCAUGAUUAUCAUUUAAAUACGAAGGAGGGAUUAAACAAUUCCCAGACAAGCAAAAGUUGAGGGAAUUUGCCUCCGACAAACCACCUCGACAGGGUAUUUUAGAGGGACUGCUCCAGAUGGGAGCACUCUGAAGGCAAAACAGAUGUCACCAGAGAAAAUAAAGUCACAGCGAAGAAAGCUGACCAACCAAAUACUAACUAAAGGCAAAAAAUAAAAUCAGCUAACCACAAAAACAGUGAAAGGAAACAAAAAAGAGCACAGAAUAAAACACGCAACAUAUAAAGAAUGGAGGAGGAGGAAGAAGGGAGAGAAAUAAACAAUCACCAGACAGUAUUUAUAAUAGCUCAAUAAGUGAGUUAAGUUAGAUAGUAAGACACUAAAGAAGAUAACCUUGAACCUUUGGUAGCCACGAAUCUAAAGCCUGCAAUGGCAAUAAGUACAUAUCUUUCAAUAAUCACCCUAAAUUUAAAUGGACUGAAUGAACCAAUCAAAAGACACAGAGUAAUAGAAUGGAUAAAAAAGCAAAACCCAUCUAUAUGCUGCUUACAAGAGACUCACCUCAAACCCAAAGACAUGCAUAGACUAAAAGUCAAGGGAUGGAAAAAGAUAUUCCAUGGAAACAACAGGGAAAAAAAAGCAGGUGUUGCAGUACUAGUAUCAGACAAAAUAGACUUCAAAACAAAAUAACAAGAGAAAAAGAAGGAUAUUACGUAAUGAUAAAGGGCUCAGUCCAACAAGAGGAUAUAACCAUUAGAAAUAUAUAUGCACCCAACACAGGAGCACCACCAUUUGUGAAACACAUACUAACAGAACUAAAGGAGGAAAUAGAAUGCAAUGCAUUCAUUUAAGGAGACUUCAACACAACACCCACUCCAAAGGAUAGAUCCACCAGAUAGAAAAUAAGUAAGCACACAGAAGCACUGAACAACACAUUAGAACAGAUGGGCCUAAUAGACAUCUAUAGAACUCUACAUCCAAAAGCAACAGGAUACACAUUCUUCUCAAGUGCACAUGGAACAUUCUCCAGAAGAGACCAUAAACUAGGCCACAAAAGGAGCCUCAGUAAAUUCCAAAAGAUUGAAAUUCUACCAACCAACUUUUCAGACCACAAAGGUAUAAAACUAGAAAUAAAUUGUACAAAGAAAACAAAAAGGCACACAAACACAUGGAGGCUUAACAACAUGCUCCUAAACGAUCAAUGGAUCAAUGACCAAAUCAAAGUAUAGAUCCAGCGAUAUAUGGAAACAAAUGACAACAACAACACAAAGCCCCAACUUCUGUGGGUGCAGCGAAAGCAGUCUUAAGAGGGAAGUAUAUAGCAAUCCAGGCAUAUUUAAGAAGGAAGAACAAUCCCAAAUGAAUAGUCUAACGUCACAAUUAUCGAAAUUGGAAAAAGAAGAAAUGAGGCCUAAAGUCAGCAGGAGGGACAUAAUAAAGAUCAGAGAAGAAAUAAAUAAAAUUGAGAAGAAUAAAACAAGAGAAAAAAUCAAUGAAACCAGGAGCUGGUUCUUUGAAAAAAUGAACAAAAUGGAUAAGCCUCCAACCAUACUUAUUAAGAGAAAAAGAGAAUCAACACACAUCAACAGAAUCAGAAACGAGAAAGAAUAAAUCACGAUGGACCCCACAGAAAUACAAAGAAUUAUUAGAGAAUACUAUGAAAACCUAUAUGCUAACAAGCUGGAAAACUUAGAAGAAAUGGACAACUUCCUAGAAAAAUACCACCUUCCAAGACAGACCAAGGAAGAAAUACAAAAUCUAAACAAACCAAUUACCAGCAAAGAAAUUGAAGUGAUAAUAAAAAAACUACCCAGGAACAAAACCCUCCGACAAGAUGGAUUUACCUCGGAAUUUUAUCAGACAUACAGAGAAAACAUAAUACCCGUUCUCCUUAAAGUUUUGCAGAAAAUAGAAGAGGAGGGAAUACUCCCAAACUCAUUCUAUGAAGCCACCAUCACUGUAAUAACAAAACCAGGCAAAGACCUCACCAAGAAAGAAAAUUACAGACCAAUAUCCCUGAUGAAUGUAGAUGCAAAAAUACUCAACAAAAUAUUAGCAAACCGAAUUCAAAAAUAUAUCAAAAGGAUCAUACACCAUGACCAAGUGGGAUUCAUCCCAGGGAUUCAAGGAUGGUACAACAUUUGAAAAUCCAUCAACAUCAUCCACCACAUAAACAAAAAGAAGGACAAAAACGACAUGACCAUCUCCAUAGAUUCUGAAAAAGCAUUUAACAAAAUUAAACAUUCAUGAUAUCAACUAUCAACAAAAUGGGUAUACAGGGCAAGUACCUCAACAUAAUAAAAGCCAUAUAUGAUAAACCCACAGCCAACAUCAUACUGAACAGAGAGAAGCUGAAAGCUUUUCCUGUGAGAUUGGGAACAAGACAGGGAUGCCCACUAUCCCUACUGUUAUUCAACAUAGUACUGGAGGUCCUAGCCAUGGAAUUUAGACAAAGAAAUACAAGGAAUCCAAAUUGGUAAAGAGGAAGUUAAACUGUCACUAUUUGUAGAUGACAUGAUAUUGUACAUAAAAAUCCCUAAAAAUCUCCACUCCGAAACUACUAGAAUAUCGGAAUUCAGCAAAGUUGCAGGAUACAAAAUUAACACACAGAAAUCUGUGGCUUUCCUAUACACUAACAAUGAACUAAUAGAAAGAGAAAUCAGGAAAACAAUUCCAUUCAGAAUGGCAUCAAAAAGAAUAAAAUACCUAGGAAUAAACCUAACCAAGGAAGUGAAAGACCUAUACCAUGAAAACUAUAAGACACUCUUAAGAGAAAUUAAAGAGGUCAUUAACAAAUGGAAAACUCAUCCCAUGCUCCUGGCUAGGAAGAAUUAAUUUUCUCAAAAUGGCCAUCCUGCUGAACACUAUAUACAGAUUUGAUGCAAUCCCUAUCAAAUUACCAACAACAUUCUUCAACGAACUGGAACCAUUAGUUCAAAAAUUCAUAUGGAACCACCAAAGAUCCCAAAUAGCCAAAGCAAUCCUGAGAAGAACAAACUGGGGGUGGAGCUCACUCCCCAACUUCAAGCUCUACUACAAAGUCACAGUAAUCAAGACAAUUUGGUACUGGCACAAGAACAGAGCCACAGACCAGUGGAACAGAAUAGAGACUCCAGCCAUUAACCCAAACAUACAUGGUCAAUUAAUAUACAAUAAAGGAGCCAUGGAUAUACAAUGGAGAAAUGACAGUCUCUUCAACAGAUUGUGCUGGCUAAACUGGACAGCUACCUGUAAGAAUGAAACUGGAUCACUGUCUAGCCCCAUACACAAAAGUAAAUUCAAAAUGGAUCAGACACCUGAAUGUAUUUCAUGAAACCAUGAAACUCUUAGAAAAAAACAUAGGCAAAAAUCCCUUGGACAUAAACAUGAGCGACUUCUUCAUGAACAUAUCUCCUGGGCAAGGGAAGCAAAAGCCAAAAUGACCAAGUGGGACUAUAUCAAGCUGAAAAGCUUCUGUACAACAAAGGACACCAUCAAUAGAACAAAAAGGUACCCUACAUUAUGGGAGAACAUAUUCAUAAAUGACAGAUCUGAUAAAGGGUUGACAUCCAAAAUAUAUAAAGAGCUCAUGCACCUCAACAAAGAAAAAGCAAAAAAUCCAAUGAAAGAAAUGGGCAGAGGAGCUGAACUGACAGUUCUCCAGAGAUGAAAUUCACAUGGCCAACAGACACAUGAAAAGAUGCUCCACAUAGCUAGUCAUCAGAGAAAUGCAAAUUCAAACCACAAUGAGAUAUCACCUCACACCAGUAAGGAUUGCCAUCAUCGAAAAGACAAACAACAACAAAUGUUGGCGAGGUUGUGGAGAAUGGGGAACCCUCUUACACCGCUGGUGGGAAUGUAAAUUAGUUCAAACAUUGUGGAAAGCAGAAUGGAGGUCCCUCAAAAAGCUCAAAAUAGACAUAUCAUUUGACCCAGGAACUCCACUUCUAGGAAUUAACCCUAAGAAUGCAGCAGCCCGGUUUGAAAAAGACAGAUGAAGCCCUAUCUUUAUUGCAGCACUAUUUACAAUAGCCAAGAAAUGGAAGCAACCUAAGUGUCCAUCAAUAGAUGAAUGGAUAAAGAAGAUGUGGUACAUAUACACAAUGGAAUAUUAUUCAGCCAUAAGAAGGAAACAAAUCCUACCAUUUACAACAACAUGGAUUGAGCUAGAGAGUAUUUUGCUCAAUGAAAUAAGCUAGGUGGAGAAAGUCAAGUACCAAAUGAUUUCACUCAUAUGUGGAGCAUAAAAACAAAGAAAAACUGAAGGAACAAAACAGUAUCAGAAUCACAGAAGCCAAGAAUGGACUAACAGUUACCAAAGGGAAAGGGACUGGGCAGGAUGGGUGAGAAGGCAGGGAUAAGGGUGGGGAAAAAGAAAGGGGGUUUAUGAUUAGCAUUUGUAAUGUGGUGGGGGGCAUGGGGUGGGCUGUCCAACACAGUGAAGACAAGUAGUGAUUCUACAGCAUCUUACUAUGCUGAUGGACAGUGACUGUAAUGGGGUGUGUGUGUGGGAACUUGGUGAAGGGGGGAGCUUAGUAAACAUAAUGUUCUUCAUAUAAUUGUAGAUUAAUGAUAACAAAAUAAAUAAAUGAAACAAAUAAAUAAGUAAAAUAUAAAGAAAAUAGACUCAGAACUGGCAGUCUUGAGUUUGAGACCUUCUCUGCCACUUAAUGGGAGUGUGACUUUACUAUCUUUGGUCAUCAGUUUUCCCUCUACCCUCCCCACAAAGAAUAAUGAGGGUUUUCUUGAGACAAAAUGAGUUGUAUAUAAUAAAUGGUAUUAACUGGUUUUGAGUUACAGAUGUUCCAAAAGUACAUAGAUUUUGCUGUUGAAAACAAGUCAAAUUCA